AUGACGAGAAAGAAAGUGAAGCUUGCUUAUAUCACUAAUGAUUCUGCAAGAAAAGCAACCUUCAAAAAGAGAAAGAAGGGAUUGAUGAAGAAGGUGAGUGAAUUGAGCACUCUUUGCGGCAUUGAUGCUUGUGCUAUUGUGUACAGUCCCUAUGACUCUCAGCCAGAGGUCUGGCCCUCUCCCGUUGGCAUUCAACGCGUUCUGUCGCAGUUCAUGAAGAUGCCGGAGAUGGAACAGAGCAAGAAGAUGGUGAAUCAAGAGAGCUUCCUCCGCCAGAGGAUUGUCAAGGCGAACGAGCAGCUCAAGAAGCAGAGGAAGGAUAAUCGAGAGAAGGAAAUGAUUCAUGUCAUGUUCCAGACCCUGACUGCAGGACAAUCGCUUCAGAGCUUGAACAUGAUGGACCUCAGCGAUCUCGGAUGGUUGAUUGAUCAAAACUUGAAGGAGAUUCAGAAGGCGUUUGAGAAGAAUAAUAAUGUGAAUGAUUCAACUACUCAAGCACCGUCUGCACCAGUGUCAGGGCCGGUUUUGACGAACCCUAAUUUGGAGUUCGAGCAGCUUUUUGAAGAUCAAAAGCCAGGGACGUUAGGUUUUGGGAUGAACAUGCAGAGUCAACAAUGGCCUAUGGAUAUGUUGAACAAUCAAGCUCAAACGGGUACGGGUACGGGUACGGGCACGGGCACAUGGUUACCGGCUGGGGAGGAUAUGAUUUUGCCAUUUGGGGAAAAUCAACCAAAUGCUUUUUGGUCCAGUGGAUUUUUUCGUUGAGAAAGAUCCAUUGGAAACAAAAAAAUUAUCUCUUCGUUAUGUUUUUUUGUUGUUUUUUUUUUAUUUAUUUUCAAUGAUGAUGU